UUGAGAAAGGGUCUUCGGAAGAGAAGUGGAAUUACAAGGACCCAAUCUGAGUUGAUGUACGCGGGACAUUGAUUUUUACGAGAGAAUGAAGGUGAGGAAUGGGAGACAUGCUGAACCGGUACACAUCCGUGCACUGGGAUACGAGGAGGAAAUCCCGGGCAGUGACUGCAAAAGCUACACAAGGACUGGCAUCCGCAGAGGCUUGGUGGCAGGUGCUGGUGGCAGAUCUGCCUGCGGCUGGCAGCAGAAAUGGACGGUCAAAGCAGAGAGGGAAUGGUGCGUCUUAGCUUUGGGAAAGGAGAUGAGCGCGCCGUCGGCACCAACGUGUAGGACCGUAGGUGGGUGGGGGAGUAGGUCAGUUGUCCAGAACUAAACAAUGGUCAAAAGCAUUUAGGCUGAAUUUUGACGAGCGUAGAGGAAUGUCUAGGCCGGAGCAACGAUCUCAGUGGACUUGACUUGACCGGCUCCUCGAGGCUCCACGAUCUUGGUCCUGACAUUGACACUUCUGCGGGCGUAUUUUUCAUGCGCAGCCUACCCUACUUGUCGGUGGACGAUUUCACUCUGAUUACCGAAGUGUGGCCUUUAAUGCUUGUGUCGAUUGCUUUGCAUAAAGCUUUGCUCGGAGAC